AUAUAAGUAAUCAUCAUGAAUUCUCAGAAUAAGUCCACGGCCCUUUCCGCGGACUUAAAUAACUUUAUAUACGGCGUAUCUAGGCGUAAUUUUCAAAAUGCGCCUGAAUUGACUAAAAUAGGCAUUUCGCUGCUGAAAAACUUUCCAGCUGCUAGAGAUGCGGUUUUAGAGUAUUUCGCGAUGAUCUUCCAUGAUGCCGUGAACAUUUCUAUUAAUCAGCCUGAUUAUGAGAAUGAUUCAAAUUCAAAUGGUUCACUAGAGAGCAUCACCAUGAUUGGGCCAGAGCUCUCCAAUCUCGGCCAGGCUUGGGCACCCUUUAUAGCCCCCUGGUGCAUUAACCUCAUCAUGGACAUCGCCACUGAGAAAGCUAACUUUCCUAAUGUGCAAAACACAGAUCCUGUUAGAGUAUUGCUAGAUAUGACAACACAGAACCUCACUUUGUUAAACUGUGAAGAAAGAGCUCAAUGCAUUGACAUGAUGUUGGGCUGCCGCGCGUGCUCCUGGGCUGUGGGCUGGGUGGGGCGCGCAGAGCCGGCGCUAGUGGCCCCAAGGGCAUUGGCGUUGGGCGCCGACGCUGCGAGGGCUGUCUUGGCGCACCUCGCGCAUCACCCGCCUGCCCUAUACCACGUUAGGGCUGCACUUGUUGAACUGUUUCAAGAAGCAAUCAGGGAGGACAGUAAACCGGAAAAGAAAAGGGAUGUUAUUCCAUACCUGCUGAACUUGGCGUCGAAAUCUGAUAUCGUUUUGAAAGCUCUAACACAGGAUAUUGAACUUACAUUAACCGACGAAGUCAUGGAACGCCUCAGCGUGCUCUGUGCCACAUAUCGGCACACUCCUGCGUGGGAAGCAGUUGGACCAGCUGCGUUAGUAACAAUGCUUCAACGCUCUGACGUCAGAUGCCUCUUGCUAUUGUUGAGGCAUGCUCAGAAGAAUGUGUUUUCUCGACAGUUGCUUGAGUUUCUGCUCCAGAAGUUGGAAUACGAAAGCCUAUUUCCGGACAAGACCCUGCCGCUGGUGACGAGCGCUGCUGAAGAAAUUAACAUCGUGAGGGAAAAGUUACUUAUUGGCAAUCAGCUGGAGCAGUAUUCUUUAGCUCGGAUAUUGAUCUUAGUUUGUUACAAUCUCCCGUCCGAAUUCGUGAGCACAAUAAGCUACCUUCUCCAGCACUCUCGAAACGACACAACUUUAGCAUUACUCGUCCGCAUUAUCUCCGGUACUAUCACGAUGCAUAUACCCAAUGAUAGUCCAGAUGUCAACUUGGACACCGAAAAGUACCAUAAUUAUAUAAAAACAGGCGUUGAGUACGCGUUAAGAGAUGCUAUGAUAUCGGAUGAACAGAUUAAGAGAUGUUUUAUUGAAGGCACCGAGACGAAAGAUCAGAAAACUUAUCUGCAUCAUUAUUGUUUGAAUAUCAUCAAGUUGUUGAGAUGGGAGAACUCGGGGCGCGUGCCGCAGCUGCGCGCGCGUCCGCUGGGCCGCGCGGCGGAGGCCAACCUGUUCCGGCUGGGCGGCGCGCUGGCCGACCGCGCCUCGCUGCUGCGCACGAGGCCGCACUGCACCACCGCCAGCCUCGACGAGAUGCCCACUUGCCAUGCCCUCGCCGAGGUAUUGGACAGAGUAGACUUGGCGGGCACCAAAGCGCCUCAGCCGAGUGUUGAAGUCAUAUUGAAAGUAGUGCAAGCAACUGUGAAGUAUUUCUUCAGAUGCUUGCAUGAGGAAGACAUAAUGGACAAACUUCGCGGCGUUCAAAUGGCGUGCCGCCUGCUCCGCAAGCUUUGCCUACCCAGCAAACUCGCUCGAGCGGUCGCUCUUAGAGAUCUGCUCGAAACAGCCAUGUUCAGAGAAGAACAUGCUUUCGGCAGUCGCACUGUGGUCGCUAAUACUGUGGCCGCCACGAAGGAUUGGACGGAUGAAGAGUUGUUAAUACAUUUAAAUCAGAAACAUGGUCCAAUAACGCAGCUGACUCAAAGCCAUACGUCGGUGUUCCACGCAGGUAUCAUCGGCAAGGGCGUGCGCAAAGGCGUCCGCGCAGACGCGGAC